CAACUGGCGGGGCUGGGGUCGGCAGGACAGGGGUCGGGUCCCCGCCAGCCCUCGGUGCGGCGCUCACCCCCCUCCUCUUUCCCCCUCCCGCAGCUCUCCCCGGGCUCAGAGGAUGACGAGGGCCAUGAAGGCGUCAGCCGGGAGAACCUGGGCCGCAUCCAGUUCAGCGUCGGCUACAACUUCCAGGAGUCCACCCUGACCGUGAAGAUCAUGAAGGCGCAGGAGCUGCCGGCCAAGGACUUCAGCGGCACCAGCGACCCCUUCGUCAAGAUCUACCUGCUCCCCGACAAGAAGCACAAACUGGAGACCAAGGUCAAGAGGAAGAACCUCAACCCACACUGGAAUGAGACCUUCCUCUUCGAAGGGUUCCCCUAUGAGAAGGUGGUGCAGCGGGUGCUGUACCUCCAGGUCCUGGACUACGACCGCUUCAGCCGCAAUGAUCCCAUCGGAGAGGUGUCCAUCCCGCUCAACAAGGUGGACCUGACCCAGAUGCAGACCUUCUGGAAGGACCUGAAGCCCUGCAGUGAUGGCAGUGGAAGCCGUGGGGAGCUGCUGCUGUCGCUGUGCUACAAUCCCUCGGCCAAUUCCAUCGUGGUGAACAUCAUCAAGGCACGGAACCUCAAAGCCAUGGACAUCGGGGGCACCUCAGAUCCCUACGUGAAGGUGUGGCUGAUGUACAAGGACAAGCGGGUGGAGAAGAAGAAGACGGUGGUGAUGAAGCGGUGCCUGAACCCCGUCUUCAACGAGUCCUUCGCCUUCGACAUCCCCACGGAGCGGCUGCGCGAGACCACCAUCGUCAUCACCGUCAUGGACAAGGACAGGCUGAGCCGCAAUGACGUCAUCGGCAAGAUUUACCUGUCCUGGAAGAGCGGUCCCGGCGAGGUGAAGCACUGGAAGGACAUGAUCGCCCGCCCGCGGCAGGCAGUGGCACAGUGGCACCAGCUGAAGGCCUGAGCGCCCCCGGUCCGCGGGCUCGGGGUCCCCCUUCCCAGCUCCCAGCCCCUUCCCGCGGCGCUCCCGGCCAGGGACCGGCGG